AUGUUUACCUCUACAUUUUACGCACCAGAACAAUGGAGUAUGGACAAUUCAACUAAUACUCCUUUUUAUUACGAUGCCCAUCGUUGUGGAAUGCCAAUCCAUUUUGAUAAUCAUGGAUAUGUCCGUAGAGAGAAGAGAUUUCGUCCUCCACAUCUGAGACAUCACCGUCGACGCUUCAACAGGACACGGGAACAUGUACAUAGAAAGAUGAUGGGUGGGUAUGACGUAGAUGAAGGCGAUAUGCCAUGGGCUGUAUCUAUACAUGCAAUUUAUGGGGGAAUUGAUUUUGCUUUCUGUUCUGGGACUCUUAUUUCGAGACGUCAUGUAAUAACGGCAGCUCAUUGCUUUUCUAAAUAUGUAAAUGUGCCGGACGAUGUUGAAGAAUGCACGUAG